GAAAACGAUCUGAAUUCCAACAGCCACAGCAGAUUGAGAUGAAUCUUCGAAGACAGUUUUACCCUAAGAUCUGUUCCCAGGCGUCGGUUCCAUUAUUUACUCAAAUAUUCCAACGGGCACAUGGUCGGCGUGCCGUUCGCUGCGAAGGGUUCACCACGCGUGCGAUCGUUGGAGUGGUGGCGGCAGCCCGUCGUCAGAUGGCAGCACCGUGCUUACUGCUACGAGGAUGACCCUCGUCAUGCCGAUCACAAUCACGAUAUCAACUCGUUAUCGGAUCAUGCCAAAACCACUUCACACGCAGCUGCGCCUUCCCACCACUCGCCCUCUCUCAAAAGCCCCCCUAAAUCGGCGCUUAUUCCGGCGGGGAUCGCGGCGUCGCGCCAGCUGCACGGCGGCGUGGCGGGGGGCUGCUGCCUCACUCUCGUGCUGCUGGUCGCCUACCUCUUCCUGCCGGGAGGCCCCUUCCUAGAUACGUUCUUCUCGCGCCUGCUCUUCCGCGGUCCCCGCGACUGCGACCCUCUCCAGCCCUCCCCAUUCCCCGCUACCCCCCACUGCGCCGCGCCCAGCCCUCCCCCGCCCUGCGCGCACCCGGAUCCCCUCUGCUGCGCCUCCUCCCCACGUUCCCCGACCGCGCCUUCCCCCGCCCCCCCCGCGAACGUGAGCGUAUGGCGAGAGCAGCUGGCAGGCGUGGUGCUGGCGAUUCUGUACAACCGCGCGCCGCUGGUGAACGCGUCGGUGACGCUGCUAAGGCGCGUGUACGGGCGCGUAUUCCAAGACAUUGUGGUGUACUCUGACGAGGCCAUUCCCGAGCUGGGCGUGCUGCCGCUGCGGAGAGUGCCUGGCGUCAGCAUUUCUAGUGGCAAAGGGAAUGCCACCAAUGGCAAUGACAGCAGCAGCAGGGAGCGCACGCCGUGGUACGUGGCGCACGCGACGCUGGCGGACGUGUUUGAGCGCUACCCCACCGCUGCAGGGGUGCUCUGGUCCAACGAUGACGUCAUCCUCAACUACUGGAACCUUGCUGCAGCAAAUAAGUCGCGCAUCUGGUUCGUCAACAGCCGAGCAGCCACCUUCCGCUGGGUAUCAUUCUCCCUUUGGGGCCCUUGCAUCCCCAACAACCGCGAUUGGGCCUGCAGCGCCGCAAUAAGACGCGAGGUGCGAGGGGCGAUCGCCAGACUGGCGCCGUUCAUGAAGCGGCGGUUCAAGAAGGCAACGCGGCCGCACAAGAGGAUGUACACCAAGAGGAUAGCGGACCUGGCGUACAUCCCCAUGCGCCAUGCUCAGCUCAUUGCGGAGUAUCUGUUGCCGGCCUUCAGUAGGGUGCAUUCUGAGGUGGCCAUCGGCAACAUGCUGCUUUGUGUGGAGCCCUUCCCAGAAUGGGACCCAGUGCUCGACCGCAUGAAGUAUCUGUGGGGCGACAAGAGGAACCACACCAAUGACUAUUACUCCACAGAUAUACCGGCCCUGCACCCCUGGAAGCUGAGCACACGGGGGGCCCAGCAGCUGCUGCUGCGGCGCAUGAUGGAAGCCGACCCGUCGCUCGAUGCUGUUUACCGGGAGUUCUUUUGUGGAUGAAAGGGUGGACCGCCACCGGCUUCAUUUUAUACGGAAAAGAGUUAUGGAAAUGCCUUGCAGAAGUCUGUACAGCACAGCACUUACCCAGCAGGUGGAGCAUCAGGGUGUUUUUACAACACUCGCCCCCUAACAAAGAGCCAAACCGUCCCAUCCCCCCUUCUGUUCAUUCUGUUGGAAAUAUCUCAAAGGACUUAAGCGUUUCUGAAGUAUAACACUGUACUCGAGGAAGAUUACAGGGGAGCACGCGAGUCAACGGAGGUUGCACGAGGGGGUGGACAAAGAAUGCGAAGAGACUCGAAAGGUCGCAACUGGAGGUUACGACUGACCGUUACAACAUCACGGAUGGUAACCGAAGCGGCAAUCGAGUCGCUGUGCGACUCGAUAAACCGUUCCUGUAACUGUAUUCUACAACUGCUUUCUUAUCCUCUAUAUAUUGCUGUAUGCUUGUUUCUUUC